CCCAGGGACUUGGAGCGUUGUGUCCCAUCUCCAAUCCCCUUCCUUUGGCUCUCCUCGUGUGCUUCUGUGGAGAAACACUCGCUGCUUGUCUAGCUUCCAUUAUAUCGGCGUAGCUUGACCGGCCGGCUUGCGAAGAUGCCGGGCGGGGGGUUCGCCGUGUCGGCGCCGUCCGGCGUGGAGUUCGAGGCCAAGAUCACGCCCAUCGUCAUCAUCUCCUGCAUCAUGGCGGCCACCGGCGGCCUCAUGUUCGGCUACGACGUCGGCAUCUCAGGCGGAGUGACAUCGAUGGACGAUUUCCUGCGUGAGUUCUUCCCGGCGGUGCUGCGCCGGAAGAACCAGGACAAGGAGAGCAACUACUGCAAGUACGACAACCAGGGCCUGCAGCUCUUCACCUCGUCGCUCUACCUCGCCGGCCUCACCGCCACCUUCUUCGCCUCCUACACCACCCGCCGCCUCGGACGCCGCCUCACCAUGCUCAUCGCCGGCGUCUUCUUCAUCAUCGGCGUCAUCUUCAACGGGGCCGCCCAGAACCUCGCCAUGCUCAUCAUCGGCAGGAUCCUGCUUGGUUGCGGCGUCGGCUUCGCCAACCAGGCCGUUCCCCUGUUCCUGUCGGAGAUCGCGCCGACGAGGAUCCGCGGCGGGCUCAACAUCCUGUUCCAGCUGAACGUGACCAUCGGCAUCCUGUUCGCGAACCUGGUGAACUACGGCACGAGCAAGAUCCACCCGUGGGGCUGGCGGCUGUCGCUGUCGCUGGCCGGCAUCCCGGCGGCGAUGCUCACCCUGGGCGCGCUCUUCGUCACCGACACCCCCAACAGCCUCAUCGAGCGCGGCCACCUGGAGGAGGGCAAGGCGGUGCUCAAGCGGAUCCGCGGCACCGACAACGUGGAGCCGGAGUUCAACGAGAUCGUGGAGGCGAGCCGCAUCGCGCAGGAGGUGAAGCACCCGUUCCGGAACCUGCUCCAGCGCCGGAACCGCCCGCAGCUGGUCAUCGCCGUGCUGCUCCAGAUCUUCCAGCAGUUCACGGGGAUCAACGCCAUCAUGUUCUACGCCCCCGUGCUGUUCAACACGCUCGGGUUCAAGAGCGACGCGUCGCUCUACUCGGCGGUGAUCACGGGCGCCGUCAACGUGCUGGCCACGCUGGUGUCGGUGUACGCCGUGGACCGCGCCGGGCGGCGCGCGCUGCUGCUGGAGGCUGGCGUGCAGAUGUUCCUGUCGCAGGUGGUGAUCGCCGUGGUGCUGGGCAUCAAGGUGACGGACAAGUCGGACAACCUGGGCCACGGGUGGGCCAUCCUGGUGGUGGUCAUGGUGUGCACCUACGUGGCCUCCUUCGCCUGGUCCUGGGGCCCGCUGGGGUGGCUCAUCCCCAGCGAGACGUUCCCGCUGGAGACGCGGUCGGCGGGGCAGAGCGUGACGGUGUGCGUCAACCUGCUCUUCACCUUCCUCAUCGCGCAGGCCUUCCUCUCCAUGCUCUGCCACCUCAAGUUCGCCAUCUUCAUCUUCUUCUCGGCCUGGGUGCUCGUCAUGUCCGUCUUCGUGCUCUUCUUCCUCCCGGAGACCAAGAACGUGCCCAUCGAGGAGAUGACCGACAAGGUGUGGAAGCAGCACUGGUUCUGGAAGAGAUUCAUGGACGACGACGACCACCACCACAACAUCGCCAACGGCAAGAACGCCACCGUCUGAAAAGUGUUGCUCCUACUAUGUAAAUGUAACGCUGCCUGCCUGCCUGCACAACUCGACUUAGAAAGAAGAAAGAUGGAUACUGAGCUUUAUCAAUCGAUCUUAUCUCGAUCGAGUGCAGACACUUUCAGUCGCGAGCCCAACUAUUGCACUGCUUCCAUUUCCAUAUGCGACGAGGAACAGCAGGCAGUGUGGUAGCAAACCUUGCAGUUCUAUAUACACUCGGUCCCAAAAUAAGCACGUCAAUUAUUUUGGGACAGAGGGUAGCAGUGUAGUGUAUUUCGGUGUUUCUUGUUUAGUGGUAGUAUCCUUUAUGUGUCUAUUUGUUUGGAAGUUGGUCUCUGACAAUGCGAGCCUACCUGUAUACAGCACCUUGUAAAACUGAUGUUGCGAUUCGUCAAUGCACAGCAGUAAUGUUCCACAA